AUGCCACUCCAAUCACAUGAAAGUGGCAAAAAACCUGUUGUGAUUGGACCAGUCAUGGUCUGUGCCAAAAAAAAUCGGGAAACUUAUCAGUCACUUUUCCAAAAGAUGACAAAUGCCUGCCCAGAGCUACGGAACACACUUAAAGCAUAUGGAUCUGAUGGCGAAAGUGCCCUCAUCAGGGCCUUAGAUUUAGAAUUUCCCUUUGCUUUUGGAUUCCUAUGUCUACCUCAUAUUGUCAGGAACAUUGAACACAAGAUCAAAUCUGAUCUACAUCUCUCUGACAGCUUCUACAGAACAGUUGCCAAAGAUUUUUUGUUGAUAAACAGCAAGAGGGACUGGUCAACUGUGACAGCCGUGCUGAUUUUGACUUAAAUCUCUCUAAACUUAAACACGUAGCGAGCCUAUAAAGGGAGGCUGAGCGGCUCAGCCCGUCAAUCACAAAUUGGAAUAAUCUGCUUUGAUUGGCUUAUUCACCCAGGCGUGUGGUACUCCCGCGAAAUUCGCACGAAGUAAUUUUUCAGGCGACCGCACAAGGGAAGGUUUUUCGCUUGCUUGCUUCCCGCCUUUGUGAAAAGGUAAGUGAAAACAACAAGAAUGGCAUCUACAAAAGAAGAAUUUAGACAGGUAUCGUACUUCAUAUACAUGCAUUUUAACACCUUUUUUGUUGUUUCACUUGUGAAAGCAUAUCGAUUGUUUUGGAGUUUGUUACUCAACGUAAAUGCCGUGUUUUAGGUUGUACUUCUAAUGCCAGUGAGUAAAAUGGAAUCUCUGCGUUCUUUUGUGGCCUUCAGCGGCGGGGAGGUUGUCUCUGAAACCAAACCCAGCCGAAGGAAAAGAGCAAAAAUAACACAAGAUAGCAAUGUCCGUGAAGAGGAAGAUGCUGGUAAAUAUAUAAAUGUAGCUUGAUUUACAUGUCGCGUAAUUUCAGCCAAGCUUGACAGAAAUGUAAUUCUUUGUAGAUGCCCACGUUCAAACUACAAUCAAUCGUGAAAAUUAUCAAUGAAUGUGUAUUUGCAUUGUUUCAGUGCAUGUUUAUAGCGAAAUUUGCUUGAAUAAAGCUUGAAUUGUAUUCAACACAACUCGAACACAAGGUAAAUAUUUGUAGUUCGCUUUCUGUGAGUGUAUAUAAGCUUCCCUUAGUGUAGAGGUACAUUUUAUCACAAGCAAAGAUUUUUUAGUAUUCCCACAUUUGCAAACACAAUCAUUUCCGUCAAUAAAAUGUCUAAACAAGUGUUCGAGGGCAGAUCCGCACACUAAAUAAAUUUCGUCAUUUUCUCGGCUCUCGCUAUGCCGCUGGGUCUUGAUGUAGCUGUCCUGGAACGAUUCUGGGGGCGAGCUUGCGUUUGUCUCCUCUUCGAUUACUGACUGCAUACUAUCAAAGUCCACAAAGUGUGCAGUUUCUAAACCAUUUGCCUCGGUUUUGGCAUUAUGUACAAGCCAGUUGUCUACUAAAAUUUCCAUAAAACGAGCGUUUGCUGCAGGUACGAGUUUGUUAUCCAAAUGCCGCUCUUUUUUGAUGGAUGCAAUUUUCAUCUUCAGCGACUCCAGGCGGCCUUCUUCUUCUUUGUUUAACUCUAUUUUGAAGUCGUACCUGACCUUUUUAGCCUUUAAAGACUCUUUCUUUUCUUUGUAGUACUCAGAAUUUCGGAUUUUUUUGUUCUGAAUAGAACAGUUUGGGGGUGCAUUUGCACUAUGGCGGCCUAGCAUGGUCGCAAAACGUAUACAUACGAACACAUAACUUCUGUUUGUUUUGUUGUUUUACUUUCCCGCCGCCAAAACUCAAAGUACAAGCCUCACUAUCGUACAGAACCUACAGGCAUGCUCAAGUUAUAGAAAUAGAUGAUCUUUAUGAUUGCAGGCCCAUUUUCUCAACGGAGGACAUGCGUUCAUCGAUCUUGAGCGCCCGCAAAAUUUGAAUUUUCUCCGAACGGGAAGGAAGUUUUCGCUCGUUUCUUGAGUUUUUUGUCUAAGAACAACAUUUGAGACACUCUUGAAAAGGUAAGCAAAUGGUGGGGGUUGUAAAUAAAUAAUUUAAUGUAUCAUUUCUUGAAAGCGGACAACAAGAGAUUUAGCAGAAGAUUUAUAACGAUAGUGACCGUUGCAGAAAGCCGCCAUUAUUGGUGCGAAGGAAGCCAAGUGCAAACCGCUUACCUUUUAUGGGUUCCCUACGUGUUUAAAGUAAAGUGGAACAACUUGGAGCUGGAAGAAAGGAGAAAGAAAAAGAUGCCUGAAGAUGCUAAAGUCUUUCUCUAUUUCGAAAAAACAAGGCUGAAGUACUGUCCAUCACUGAUGACCAAGUCUUCUCCAAGAAGUUGGCAUAGAGGAAGACAUGUUUGACAACAACUGCCCUGAGUCAAUGAAUGCGUCCCUGAAAACCUGGAUAGAAAACCAAAGGAAAGAUGUCUCACAGGUUAUUAAUGAUAUUCAAGGAUUUGUGAUGAAACAACAUCACGAUAUUGGCAAAGUGUUUACAGAAAUGUCAGGUCCAUACGUCUUAAAGGACGAGUAUAACAAUGCAAAAAUGCCUCCAAACUUCUGGGCUCUAAGUCCCUCCAAAACGAAGGCAGCUUCUUGA